UUUUUUCCAUAUGAAUUGCAGGUUUUGCCUGUUGGAAAAGAAUUAGUUGCCUGUCUGUCUGCUUUCAAAGAAAUGGGUUCCACUACUGAAGGCCAAAAUGCUUUACUGUCCAUUUAUAUGCAUCUUUGUUCCUCUGGCAUUGAGAUUUCUGAGUCCCAAAGUAUGCGUGAAAAUGAUGGAAGUUACAAUCUGAUUGAUAUAUCUGAUUGGAGGGAGCAGCCUCCAUUGUUAUGUUGCUGGACUACUUUAUUGAGGUCGAUUGCCUCAAAUGAUAUUUCUCCAGUAUAUACUGCUGCAGCUAUAGUUACAUUAUCCACAGGAGCAUUACGCUUUUGCAUGGGUGGGGAAAGCCUCAACUUGGAGAGGGUUGCUGCCAUCAAAUUCUUUUUCAGAAUUAAGAAUGAGAGUUCUGUAGAUGAUUUUAUUGAAGAGAGCAUGAAACAGAUUGAGGAGUUUGCCACUCUGAUAGGGUCAGAGACGAGCGCUGAUGCAUGUUCAGCUGCGGGGGAUUUGCACCCUACUUCUCACGAGGUUAAGGAGUCUGCGAACUCAUUGAUGCUUUUGUUGCAAAAGUCGACUGACACGAUCAAUGAGGAUAUUACAAUUGCCAGUUUCCUUAGCUCAUUAGUUGUUGCUCCAGUUCGUUCGAGGGUUCAUAAAAUAGCAAACAGUAGCAUAGAAUGGAUGGAAGAUUAUAGCUUGGAUGAAUUUGGAGACCACUUCUUUUGGGAAUGUCCUGAAAAUUUGCGUGAUAGACUUGCACAGACUGGUCUUGCUGCAAAAGUAAAGAUCUCCUCGCUGGAGGGACCAAGGCGUGCCAGAGGGGACAAUGCUGCAGCUGAGGCAAUCACACAAAGUACAUUCUCUAGGGGGUCGGCACCUGUUGCUGCCCUUUCUGGUCCUACUCGUAGGGAUACGUUUCGGCAGCGUAAGCCAAAUACUAGCAGGCCUCCUUCUAUGCAUGUGGAUGACUAUGUUGCAAGAGAAAGAAAUACCGAUGGUAUAAAUCCUAAUGUAAUUGCUGUCCCACGGAUAGGAUCUACAAGUGGGAGACCACCAUCUAUCCAUGUGGACGAAUUCAUGGCUAGACAAAGGGAGCGCCAAAAUUCAGUGGGAUCGGCAGGUAUUGAUACAACAGCUCAGGUGCAAGCAACAGCUCCAGAGAACACCACAGAUGCUGAGAAGCGCAGUACUGACAUGAAAAAAAUCCCCUUUCUUUAA